UGAUCAAAAUGACAGAACUGUUUAGCAACGCAACGAACGUCAUAGAGAACGUAACACGGCUUGUAUCUGUAGACAAGCAGGAUUUUCCCGUUCAGUUGAUGCCUCGCGGCCAAGAAUGAAGACUUCAUUACUACUAGUCGUCCUUGUGAGUUUGGCAAGUGCAACUAGGAAGCUCCCAAAGUACUGUGAGGGUAAGCAUCCAAGGAUGUCCUGCGAUGGCAAGGGAAACCAUCUUAACUACAUCCCUAGAGCUCCUCCAGACAUUACAGAUGUCCUCUUGACAAACAUAAACUUGGGCGUGGUCACCAGGGCCAUGACUGCCAACUUGACCUUCUGCAAUCUGACUUCGUUUUACCUGAAAGGAAACAACAUCAUAGGAGUAUCACCCGAUGCCUUUCGGGACUUGGAUGACCUUGAGGUUCUGGAUUGGCAACAGACAUACCUGCCGCUCACAGACGUCAUUACAGCCCUGCAGGGAGUGUCUAGUCCUCUUAAAACUCUCCGACUUAAAGCAAACAGUGUGCCUGAACAAACUCUUAAUGCAACAGUGUUUCAACAUCUGAACAGCUUGAGCAGGCUCACCAUUGCUCUGGGAAGUCUGAGGACUUUCAACGCAACUGCAUUUUCGCACAUGAUGAAUUUACAGUAUGUUGAUUUCUCACAGAACAAUAUGAGCCAGUUGAUCCUGGAGCAAAUCAUUCCAAAUAUGACACGUUUGACUCUUGCUGAGAAUAAUUUAGUUGAUGUUCCACAACUGUGUUUGUCGGAUAUUAGACCGUUAACUCCACGGUUACGAAGCUUAGAUCUUGGAAAUAAUGCCAUCAGAAACCUGGAUGUCUCAUCAAUUACGUGCCUGAAGAAUCUAUUGAAACUCAGCCUUUCGCAAAACAGAAUUGAAGUACUUCCGGAUAAUGUGUUUGCUAACCUCCACAAGCUCCAGAGUUUACAUAUAUCCAAUUCAGGGUCACUGAAAAGAAUUGGAGAUCUUGCUUUCAACUCCACAAGUUUGUACAAGUUUUACUUUGCAAAAAACCGACUUCUGUCACCGAAACACUUUAACCCGGUGACUCUUUUCAAACACACACCAAACCUUGGGAUACUGGACAUGACCAGCACGAAGAUAGACAUAAGUGUGUACCUUCUGAAGGACUUUCUCCUGAAUCUGAAGGCCAUUGAAAAACUAGUACUGCAAGACACUUUCAUCAAGGAACUUCCAUCGGGGACCUUCUCCCAGCUGACAAAACUCAGGGAGCUUAUUCUCAAUGGUAACUAUGUGUCCAAAUGGAAAAGUGAUGUGUUCGAAAAUGUCACAAGUAUAAAAAAGAUCUCUUUCGAUGGCUGCAACAUCAAACUGAUUAAAGAGGAGACCUUUCCCCUUGAGUUCCGCCUCAGCGUCCGAGAGAUUAAUUUGUCGAACAACCCCUUUACUUGCACGUGCGAACUACUCUGGUUCCGGAACUGGAUGAAGAAGACCAUGGCCAACCACAGUAUCAAGUUUACACAGUAUCCACGCAGAUACGAGUGUCGGGCCCCGAAUGUUCACCCUCUGCAGCUCAAAGAUUUUAACCCAACUGCCAAGUCCUGUUCACCCAGAAAGGAAUACACUGUGCUUCUCUCAAUAAUCUUAAGCAUUACCUUGGUGUUCAUCAUCACAGCAGUAGUGGCCUAUCGAUACCGAUGGUAUCUCUUCUACUGGAUAUCGCUACUGAGACGACGGCGUCAACGAGGACAGGCUGCUCCACUGCUUGAGAUGAAGUACGACGCCUUCAUCUCCUACAGCAACCCCGACGGUGACUGGGUGUACGACGAGCUGAUGGGGUACCUGGAGGGCGAGGCGGGAUUACGACUGUGUGAACACAGCAGAGACUUUGAAAGCGGUAAACUCAUUGUGGACAACGUGUUUGAAGCUCUGGAUUCAAGCAGGAAGACUGUCCUCGUCAUCUCCAAUGAGUACAUGAAGAGUGACUGGUGUCAGUUUGAGCUACAGAUGGCUCUGAAUUCUUUCCUGAAGCAGGAAAUUAAACUCGUUGUGAUCCUACUGGAACACGUUAAAGCCUGUCACGUGACGUCCACUCUGCGCGCGUUGAUGACGUCGACCACAUAUAUUGAGUGGCCGAAUGUUCCUGCAGCUCAACAGGUUUUUAAACAGCGCCUGAGAAACUAUCUAGAGGAAUAAAGUGUGUGGCUAUGUUCUUGAAAUAUUAACCCUCUAUCAUUUUCACAAAAUAAUUGGUAAGGUUGGGCAGCCUUGCGAUUUAAGUGUCCAAUCGUCACGCCAAAGCCUGGAUUCCUCACAUUUCUGAUAUUUGAAAAGUCAAUUUCUGGUGUCCCCAGCCGUGAUAUUGUUGGAACAUUGCUAAAAGGGGCUAUAUUCACGGACUCAAAAUUAAAAAUGCUGCAUUGUUAUCUUCAAGAUGGUGUAAAUAUAUUGCCACGUUAAACAUGCUGCAUUGUCAUCGUCAAGAUGGUGUUAAUAUAUUGCCGUGUUAAACAUGCUGUAUUGUCAUCCUCAAGCAUUAUAAAUAUAUAUAUGGAAACGAAUAAGGGAACAUUGAAAAAUAUUGGGAAAUAUGCUGUCUGUCGGUACAUUUGAAAUAGCGCACAAACAAAUUCAACGCAUGUCAGAAUCAAAUUUUGAGAUGUGUUUGUGUGCAUGAUUUCCAAAGCGUAUUUUGUAAACAAGGCUGAAAACCCAUGGUAGCAUAUAAUUUAACUGUGUCAAAUACUAAGUUUCCCUUAUUCAUUUCCAUCAGCGUACAUUGCUAAGUUAAACAUGCGGCAUACUCAAGCGCGUGUAAAUAUAUUGUCAUGUUAAACAUGCUCCAUUGUCAUCCUCAAACUGGUGUAAAUAUACUGCCACGUUAAACAUGCUGCAUUGUCAUCCUCAAACUGGUGUAAAUAUAUUGCCGCGUUAAACAUGCUGCAUUGUCAUCCUCAAACUGGUGUAAAUAUAUUGUCACGUUAAACAUGCUGCAUUGUCAUCUGAAGAUGGUGUAAAUAUAUUGUCACGUUAAACAUGCUGCAUUGUCAUCUGAAGAUGGUGUAAAUAUAUUGUCACGUUAAACAUGCUGCAUUGUCAUCUGAAGAUGGUGUAAAUAUAUUGUCACGUUAAACAUGCUGCAUUGUCAUCUGAAGAUGGUGUAAAUAUAUUGUCACGUUAAACAUGCUGCAUUGUCAUCUGAAGAUGGUGUAAAUAUAUUGUCACGUUAAACAUGCUGCAUUGUCAUCUGAAGAUGGUGUAAAUAUAUUGUCACGUUAAACAUGCUGCAUUGUCAUCUGAAGAUGGUGUCGAUAUAUUGCCACGUUAAACAUGCUGCAUUGUCAUCUGAAGAUGGUGUAAAUAUAUUGUCACGUUAAACAUGCUGCAUUGUCAUCUGAAGAUGGUGUAAAUAUAUUGUCACGUUAAACAUGCUGCAUUGUCAUCUGAAGAUGGUGUCGAUAUAUUGCCACGUUAAACAUGCUGCAUUGUCAUCUGAAGAUGGUGUAAAUAUAUUGUCACGUUAAACAUGCUGCAUUGUCAUCUGAAGAUGGUGUAAAUAUAUUGACACGUUAAACAUGCUGCAUUGUCAUCUGAAGAUGGUGUAAAUAUAUUGUCACGUUAAACAUGCUGCAUUGUCAUCUGAAGAUGGUGUAAAUAUAUUGUCACGUUAAACAUGCUGCAUUGUCAUCUGAAGAUGGUGUAAAUAUAUUGUCACGUUAAACAUGCUGCAUUGUCAUCUGAAGAUGGUGUAAAUAUAUUGUCACGUUAAACAUGCUGCAUUGUCAUCUGAAGAUGGUGUAAAUAUAUUGUCACGUUAAACAUGCUGCAUUGUCAUCUGAAGAUGGUGUAAAUAUAUUGCCGCGUUAAACAUGCUGCAUUGUCAUCUGAAGAUGGUGUAAAUAUAUUGUCACGUUAAACAUGCUGCAUUAUCAUCUGAUGAUGGGUUAAAUAUACUCACACGCAAAAGAAACGCAAGUCGAGUAUGCAGUACACAUGUUAUUUAUAUUCAACAGUAAAGACAAGAAAUACUAAUAGGGCAAGAUUGACAAAAUUGUGACUGAAGACAGUUAAAUGGAUUAAAAUGCAGAUGACAUAAUUGAUGUUGUUUUUUAAAUGUUAAGGGCUUACACAGUUUCGGGUCAAUACCCAAAAUGUCAGUCAAUACCUGGUGU